AUGGCAGAUAACGAUAUCCUAAGGCACGGGUAUGCAAAGACUUUUACGAGACACACCGUCUUCCUCACCGGUAGUACUGGAUCACUGGGAGGAUGUCUUCUUUACAAGUUGGCACUGCAGCUUCCUACCCAGAAGAUCUUCGUUUUGAGCCGCGGAUCGGCUGAGUCCGCCAUUGAAAAAUGGCGGAGACUCAUGCCGAAACAGACACAGGCGAUUCUCAAUACCGGCAAAGUGCAUUUUGUCGUUGGUGACAUUAAGGAGACGGACUUCGGUAUCGAGGAGUCUGAGUUGAGACGACUGCGUGAAGAGGUCACUCUUGUUAUUCAUACGGCAGCCACGAUCACGCUUGACGCAGGCAUCGUGGAAUCGAUCGAGAACAACUGCCUCCCUUCCCUUGAGCUUGCAAAGAUAAUCUCGCGCUUCAGACGGUUGAAGCUAUGCGUCCAGAUCUCGACGGCGUAUGUGAGCAGCUUCUUACCCGACGGUUAUGUUGGAGAGCGACUGUAUUCCAUCUCCGACGCAGACCCGGAGGAUGAGCUCGCGGCUAUACUGUCAACAGGCAACUCUCCUGACACCGCUCGGUUUUCAUCGUCGUAUACUCAUGCAAAAUAUCUCAUGGAACGGUUGUUGUUGAAGAGGUACCCACUUCUGCCUCUGCUGCUUGUCCGUCCAACCAUUUUCGGCGCUGCAAUCCGGGAUCCGUACCCUCUGUACGGGCCCAUCAAUUCCACACCGAUGAAUAAAUUUGCCAGUCUGUUCUUUACGGACCGCGGGGGAACACACAUCUGGCACGCCACUGCGGGUUACGAGACAGGUGCGAAUAUAGUAGACGAGAUCCCCGUCGAUUUUGUCGCGAACGGCUGUCUCCUGCAUGCGGCGGCGAGGACUCAGGGAAUUAUUCACCUUGGAGCUCAACUCUAUGUGCCGUUCACUUUCGACGACUUCUUGCGUCUCGCAGAGGCCAGCGCCCCUCCGUCGAUUCAGAAAGAGUUGCCCACUCUCAUAUUCACCCAAGACCGAAACGCCCCGCAAUCGCUCCUCGCUGAUCUGGUUAAAGUCAGUACACGUAACUGGGGGUUUGACUGUGGCAGAUCGUAUUGGCUAAAGCAGAUGGCUGGACCGUUGAGCUUGGCUGCCUGUAAGCAUGACGUUGACAGGCUCAAUUCAGCGAGGAUCAAGGAGAUAUAUGAGCAAACAGCAAAGAAGUUGGCGAAGCUUUAG